AUUCAUACGUCAUCAGUCAUGUGGGUUUUCGGGUUUUCCUCGAACGACACGAAGCCUCGACACUGACGAGCGUUUUGAGUUUGACGUCGGUUAUGAAGGACUGGUAGCUGCCGUGGCAUCAGUGUCAUUAUCCACAUUACGUUGUCGACAUUCAGGGAUUUAAUUUAUUAUAUCCGACAGCAUAUAUGUAGAUAAUUAGUCAUUUCAAUGGCGUUCAAUGGCCACCAGCUCGACAAUGAAACUACCGACGAAGACGAAACGCCCACGAAGCAGCCGCGGUCCGCCGCCAAGGAGAUGCCCGGUUGUCUCAGGAACCAGCCUAACAAUGAGGCAGCCGCGCCCGCGGCAAGAGCCACGUCCGAGCGGCGGACCUCCAGCUCGACGUUGAGGCAUCGGAUCGAUUCGUUCAGGAAAAGCAGGCCGCCUUUUCCCUGGUUUGGGAUGGACAUUGGAGGCACUCUGGUGAAGUUGGUGUACUUCGAGCCCAAAGACAUCACAGCUGAGGAGGAGCAGGAAGAGGUGGAGAACUUAAAGAGCAUCCGGCGCUACCUGAUGUCUAACACCGCCUAUGGUAAGACUGGAAUCAGAGAUGUGCACCUGGAGCUGAAGGACCUGACAAUUUGCGGCAGGACGGGGAACCUGCAUUUCAUCCGGUUCCCCACGCACGACCUGCCGGUGUUCCUGCAGAUGGGCCGUGACAAGCACUUCUCCAGCCUCCACACCACGCUCUGCGCCACCGGAGGAGGCGCGUACAAGUUUGAGGCUGAUUUCCGCAGGAUGGCUGAUCUGCAGCUUCACAAACUGGAUGAGCUGGACUGUUUGAUCCGGGGAGUGCUCUACAUCGACUCAGUGGUGUCCAGUGGCCCCUCAGAGUGCUACUACUUUGAAAACCCCACAGAUCCAGAUCACUGCAUUCAGAGGCCCUACCCACUGGAGAACCCUUACCCUCUGCUGCUGGUCAACAUCGGGUCCGGGGUCAGCAUUCUGGCUGUAUAUUCUGAGAACAACUACAAACGAGUUACUGGGACCAGCCUCGGUGGUGGGACCUUCCUGGGCCUGUGUUGCCUCCUAACUGGAUGCUCUACUUUUGAGGAAGCUAUUGAAAUGGCUUCUCAAGGUGAGAGCACUCGUGUGGACAAGCUGGUUCGGGACAUCUAUGGUGGAGACUAUGAGAGGUUUGGGCUGCCAGGCUGGGCUGUGGCCUCAAGCUUUGGUAACAUGAUGUGCAAAGAGAAAAGGGAAUCUGUGUCCAAAGAGGACUUGGCGAGGGCAACACUGGUCACCAUUACUAACAACAUCGGUUCCAUCACCAGGAUGUGUGCUCUAAAUGAGAACAUUGACAAAGUGGUGUUUGUGGGGAAUUUCCUGAGGGUGAACACGCUCUCCAUGAAGCUGCUGGCCUACGCCAUGGACUACUGGUCCAAAGGUCAGCUCAAAGCGCUCUUCCUUCGACAUGAGGGUUACUUCGGAGCGGUUGGAGCCCUGCUGGACCUUCUGAAUCACUCAUAAUUACAUCCUGUGAAGUAUUUGUCAAUCUGCUGCAAUAGACCAUUAGCACUUUAGGGUUCUCUGAAACUAUUCCACGACAGGAUGUCAUUUAUGUUGACUUAAAAAAAGGCUUUUUGGGAAAUUGUGGAAAUAGUUGCUAUAUUUUGCUCCCCAUGUGCUGUUAUGGUUACAAGAAAUACUGUUUCCUGCAGUAACCUGAGCUUUUGGCAGCAAAGCUAAUGUGUGAGACUGUGCAUACUUGAGACAUUGCUUGCAAGCAUCUGAUAUAUUCUUCAAGGAAAUCCACCAGAGGUGCCUAACGUUACCCCAUGUCAGUUUUGUGCCAUACUCUGCCCCUCAGUGGGUAUCAGGACCUUGGC